AUGGCCCCCCCAGAACAUGAUGAAAUCAUCAAGACCUCUUCCAUACCCGCCCGCAAGGUAUCCGUAGAUGGGCCCCUCUACUCGCAGGACAAGGCGAUCGCCACCAUGUACGCCAAUGCCCAGGCUGCGACAGACAAGGAGCAGAACAUGACCCUUCGGGAAGGUAUUCGGAAGUACCCCAAGGCAAUCCUCUGGUCUAUACUCAUCGCGUCUUGCUGUGCUAUGGAAGGCUACGACAUCUCCCUGCUGGGUAACUUUUACGCGUUCGCCCCGUUCAACAAGAAAUUCGGUGUCGAGCUUGCGGACGGGACUUAUCAAGUACCCGCGCGGUGGCAAACUGGUCUUUCCAAUGGUGCUCAGUGUGGCCAGAUCAUCGGUCUAAUCUUAAACGGAAUCUUUACUGAACGAUUCGGCUACCGAAAGGUGUUGAUGGUGUCUCUCUCUUGGCUCAUAGUAGUCAUCACUAUGUUCUUCUGCGCCCCCAACAUCAAAGUCUUGCUCGGUGCCGAGAUUCUUGCUGGUAUCCCCUGGGGCGUUUUCCAAUCCAUCGCCAUUUCCUACGCUUCUGAUGUCUGCCCCGUCGCGUUACGCGGUUACCUUACUUGUUACAGCAACUUUUGCUGGGGCUACGGCCAGCUCAUCGGCAUCGGCGUCAUCCGGGCCAUGUUCAAGCGCGAUGAUCAAUGGGCGUAUCGUAUCCCUUACGCUGUCCAGUGGGUCUGGCCACCUCUCAUCCUCCUCGGUGUCAUCUUUGCCCCCGAAUCGCCCUGGUGGCUCGUCCGACACGGUCACAUGGAACGAGCCAAAAAGUCCCUUCGCCGCCUCGCGUCACCCAAGCACAAUCCCGAUUUUGAUGAAGACGAGGCUUUGGACAUGAUCAGACAUACGACAGAAUUGGAAAAGGACAUUGCUUCGGGAGCUUCUUUUUUGGACUGUUUCAAGGGAGUGGAAUUGAGAAGGACGGAGAUUGUCUGUGUCAUCUGGAUGACGCAGAAUCUCGCUGGAAACGUUUUCAGUAAUUACAGCACGUACUUUUUCGAGCAAGCCGGUCUUACAGGCACCAUCCCUUACGACUUUGCCAUGGGCCAGUAUGGUAUCAACAUGGUCGGCGUCUUUGGCGCCUGGGGUCUCAUGGCCCUCGGGAUCGGCAGAAGAAAGCUUAUCCUCUGCGGCUUCUCUGGCUUGUUUGUCACGCUUAUCACGAUGGGCUUCUUGGGGCUUGUACCCGAGUCCCACAAGACGCAGGGGGCUAUGGCUACCGGAUCUCUGAUGCUUGUGUGGGCUGUCUUUUACCAGUGCACAGUUGGUACCGUCGCAUUCUCUCUCGUCGGUGAGAUUGCCUCUCGACGACUUUCCAUCAAGACUGUGGCUCUUGGGCGAGCCGCCUACAAUGUCGUCGCCAUCAUCUGCAACGUCCUCUCUCCCUACAUGAUCAACCCUACCGCCUGGGACUGGGGAAACUAUGCCGGGUUCUUCUGGGCUGGCACGUGUCUUGGUUGUCUCAUCUAUUCGUACUUCCGCGUGCCGGAGCCUGCUGGUCGGACUUUCGCCGAGAUUGACAUCCUCUUUGAACGAGGAAUCUCUGCGCGCAAGUUUGCUUCUACGCCUGUCAACGCAUUUGACGUGUCUUUGCACCACGCCGUGGAAGACUACAAGGAGGUGACCCAGCACGUCGAGAGGGUCUAG